AGGGUACGCAAUUUUCCCAUAAUGUCUGGUGAGUUAGACCAGCCUCAGGCCGGCCCCUCACAUGCUGGGCUGGACCGGCGGAACCCUGAGAGAAAUCGGGCUGCGGUCCCUGGAGGGGUGAUCCGAAGAGCCAGUGCCCAAGGGCCCAUGUCCUGGAUCCAAAAGGUUCUUGAGCAAAUAAUGGACUCGCCUCUCCAGUGGGUCACCCCCUCGGAGGUGGUGCCUGUUGCUGUGCUGGCAGUCCAGAGGUACCUGUUAGAGGAUGAGCCACGCGACACGAUACCUAAACCUCCCCUUUACUGCUAUGAUGUGACGAUCUCAGACGGGGUGUACCAGGAGAAGUGCUACCUGGACCCCAGUCUGAACUUUCUCGUAUAUAAAAAUAUCCUUAAAGUUGGCAUAGAAAUGAAAAUUUUCAGAGUCUCGUGUCUUUACAACGAGAGAAGGCUAGGCCAGGGGAUCCUAUGCAUGGAUAACGUCCACUGUGGGGAGACCUUGGAAACUAUUUCUUUAGAAACUCCCUUCAGAAAUAGUGCGCAUGAGGAGAUACCGGAGAGGCCUUUAAGGGGCGGGAAGAGUCAUUACCUAGCCCUGUGGAAUAAUGAAGAUCCGUAUGGAGAUAUCUGGUUAACCAACAAGCAACCUGAGGAACACAAUUUUAACAAUACCAAAAUAAUUUCCCUUUCUCACCUUGAAAUGACCUGGAAUAACAGAAGGAAUUUUCCUGCUUUGCUUGUGAGAAUCUUGCAUAAAUCAAGACUGCGAUAUUAUGGAAAACCUGAUAAAAACAUGAUUGAGCCAUACCAGACCUUUUUGGAAGUUGCUGACAGUUCAGGCACGGUGUCAGUGAUUAUGUGGAAUGCUCUGUGUCCUGAGUGGUAUAAAAGUUUGCAGGUUGGCUUAGUUCUUCUGCUUCAAGAUUACUCUGUUAAAAAGAGUUAUCCAUUGAGGUUGCGGCCUCUCCCUGUGGAUCCACAGAUCAAACUAAUUUCUACAAUGGAAGUGUGCCUGAACCUUCGAGAUCCUCCUACUAAUAUCAUUAUAAUUCCAGAAAGGCAGGUGAAACCAGAAUGGAGAUUGCCAAAAUUAAAUCACCGCUUUAUCACAAGAUCAGAACUAGAUGAUAUGCCAGAAAAGCAAAUCUGUGAUAUUAUUGGCAUUUUAGUUUUUGUAGGAAGGGUGCAGCGGUCAAAAAAGAAAGAAAACUGUGAAGAUUUUUGGUCACAUCGCUGGAUUCACAUUGCUGACGGGACUUCAGAACAACCAUUUGUAGUAGAACUAUUUUCUACAUCUCAGCCAGAAAUCUUUGAAAAUAUUUGCCCAAUGACAUAUUUCAUGUGUACACAAUUGAAAGUUGUCAGAAAUGAUACUCAAGUACCUAAACUGCUUUACCUCACCACUACAAAUGAGAGUCACGUUUUUAUUACUGGUCAUAGAAGCCAACUGUGUGCCAUUGAUAUCAAGGUAAAAAAUUUUAUUCACUGGAUUAAAACAAAGACCGAUUCUGGGGAAAUGAAAAAUUCUGUUAUUGGGGGAUAUUACCCCUAUCCACCAGUGCCGGAGACAUUUUCGAAGUAUAGAAGUUCUGUUAAAGUUGAGUCGCUCUUGACAGCUAUAAGUGAAGUGAGGAAGGAGAUUGAAGACUUGCAGUAUAGGGAACAAAAGCGCAUUGCAAUUCAGGGGAUAAUUACCGUUAUAAAGUAUAUCCCCCAUAGCAGCGCAACUGAAAGUGCCUCAGCAUCAGAAACACUUCGGAAUUGUAACCGACCCUCAACAUUCCAGACAGCUGAAAGAGAAAGUCAAAGUCAGGAAAUAGAUGGUAAACAGCACCAAGAGAAUGGCCCUGUGAAUUCUCAGUGUUCUCAAACUACAUAUACAAGUUUGAGCCCUACCAAGAAAAAAAGGAUUGUGCAGGGGCAAUAUACCAAACUAAUUCCUUUACCUCAGCCAGAAACUUCUGCACAAACAAAAGGAAAUAAACCAGACAUGCCAAGCAUCUUCCAACGUCCAGAAAGCACAAGGACUAGUAUGCACGGGAAAGCCAGAAAAACUAUAAGUCAUAGGUGGGAAAGUCAGCUGUGGAGAGAGAAGAAGUUUGGCUUAGUAGAGCACCUGCAUUACAGCUCUGUUUAUCCUGAAAGUAUUCCACGGAAAUUUACUUUGGAACACAAAGAUUUUCUCAUUCAGCAGUAUAAUUCUCAGCCUGCAAAAUACAUACCACCAAAAGAAAGGCCCCCAAAACUUAAUGAUUUUAAGAGUGCCCGAAGCCUUGGACAUUUUGAAGUAACCAUCCUAGGUCUGAACCAUGAGAUAGCAAUUGAUGUUGCAUUCCUACCCAUGUAUUGUCCAGAAGAUAUCCGAACAUCUCAAAUAGACACAUUAUUAACCUGCAUGAAUUACACCUGUGUGUAUCCACAGGAAGGAAGUGGCAAUGAAAGGAUGCCAGGUCCAAGAGCAAUAGCAGGUGAUAUUAUAAAAGCAGUAACUGAACUGGAUCGAAUGCAUGUCGUCUGUAUCUUGGAUGUCUGUAAUUUGGGUAACAACAAGGUAGAAGUCUAUUUGCAUAAAAUUUAUAGUCCAGAUAAUAUUUAUUAA